UCGGUUAUUGAGGAAUUGACGCUGCGAUAGCGUUCGGCUCUUGUGCACGGUUGGAUCCGAAGAUGUGCCGAUGGGCUGGUAACAAUGAACGCGUAGGAUCCAAUGCGUGACUGACUUCUGACCGAUCUUCCUGCAAAUAAAUGAGUUUAUUCUAAUCUACUCUACUCCUAAUCUAUCACUGGGGGAUUGGGGAAGGAAGAGAGAUGUAAAGAAGGUUAGAACCUUACACAAUGAAGCAUACUGGCAGCUGGCAAUUAAGCUGAUUCAAAAACUGGAACGAAUUGCAAAGUAUCCGAAUAUCAAUGAUUAUGCACCAAUGUUGAAAGAUUCCAAGAAAAUGCGUGCCGGCUGGAGAGCAGCUCGAAUUCAAAUGUUGAAUGAUAGAGAUUGGUCGAAGUCGGAAGAAAUGAAACGGGAAAAUAAACGAGUUGAUUUGGAGAAUAGAUGGAAGAUCAAGAGAACCGAAUCUGCUAACAACAUCACGGAGAACCGGAGGAAGAAACGAAAACGAAGACGAAAAGCUCAUUAUUCCAAUCGAUGAAAUCUAUAAUUUUAUUAAUUUAAAACAGUUUGCUUUAUAAAGCUUUAAUAAAAAUGUUUAUUUA